UAUGACUACUGUCAAAAAUACAUAUGCAAAAAAGAAAUAAAAAAAUUGGAAGACGAGUACUGAUCAGUUAUGAGUAUUACAGAAGAAACUUAUUUACCAACGGAUGACGAACUAACUGUUCAAGAAGUUAAUUUGUCAGGACCUGUUCUUAAGGCAGCUGCAUUUCACUAUGGGUUGGCCUGUUUAAAUGAAAAUAAUGAAUUUAUGCUAUGUAGGAAAGAAACUAAUGAUCCUAGGGCUUGUUUGAAUGAGGGAAAAGCAGUUACUAAUUGCGCAUUAAAUUUUUUCCGACAAGUUAAGAAGUCUUGUGCCGAAGAGUUUCAGCAAUAUUAUACUUGCAUCGACAAGUCUUCUAUCAACCAGAGCUAUUCGCCAUGUCGUAAGACCCAGGGAGUUUUCGAUAAAUGUAUGAAGGAUAACCUUAAUCUUGAAAGAGCGCCUUUUGAUUACUUUGCAAGAGUGCAAGUCCAUAAGACAGAUAGGCCUAGACCACCAGUAGAACCAAUCCCUCACUACCCAGAUACUCCUGCAUCUCUACCUCCAGAUGCACCAAAACCUCCAGCCAAAUAUGGAUCUCGCUAUCUUGGUUUGUGGUGAAAAAACCAUUUAUUCUUGAAAGGGUUGAAUGUAGUAAAAUGUACAUUUAGGAUUUAAAGUAAAUAUCCAAAUUGCA